AUGACGUGCCUCCCCUCUGCCCUUCCCCGCUCCCACCCCCCCACCGCUCCCACCCCUUUCCCCUCUUACACCCGUCCUCCCCGUCCCUCCCCCCUCGCGCCCCCACCCAAGCCCCACCGCAUUCCUGGCGGGGGGCAUGCGCACGAGGGAGUACAGGCGGGGGCACUGACGCCGUGUCCUUCCCCUUCCCUUCCCCCGUCUCCCCCCCCCCCCUUCCCCCAGAGCUUUCCUUGCGGGGGCGAUGCGCACGAGGGGGUACAGGCGGGUGCACGAGCUGCUGAAACUGACACAAGCAGCGAUAGUGACACCGACAUUGGUGACAGUAAUGAAGGUGAUGGGUACAUUGCACCGGAAGUCGCCUGGCUGUUCCCAAGCCUGAAUCUCGACCUGAGCAAGCUGGACUCAGCCAGCGAAUCAGAGAGUGAAGCAGGGGAAGGAGAGGAGGAGGGAGCGGAAGCAUGGGAAAGAAAGGGAAGGGCAGUGCGAAGUGAGGUGAGGGAGGUGGAGGUAAAGGCGGAGGAGGCGAAGGAAAAUGAGGAGGAGGUGGAAGAGGAGGCAGGGGAGGAGGAGGAGUGGGGUGAAGAGGAGGAGGAGGAGGAGGAGGAGGAGGAGGAGGAGGAGGAGGAGGAGGAGGAGGAGGAGGAGGAGGAGGAGGAUAGCUUCUGGAGGAGCAGGAUGUACGAUGGUAUCCCUGACGACGCACGCUCGCAGGCUCGGGAGGCGAUAAACCGAUUGGCUGUUGAGUCAAGCGACACCUUUCUCUCCUCGCCUGCUUACAACACGCCCCGAGCCCUGCCUCCCCCUCCCACCCCCGUCACUCCUCACGAAGCUUCCUCGAAGCUUCAAUAUGAUCAUAGCGGCAGCAGCAGGAGCGAGGGGAGCGGGGGCAGCAGUGGGAGUGCGGGCGAUGGAGAGUGGGCGGGCGGCAUGGAGGCAUGGGAAGCUGAAGCCAUGGCGGAAGCAGAGAGACUGGCGGCCAGUCAGGUGAGUGGGGACGAAGGGGCAUUUACGC